AGGGCCCGGGCUCCCAGCUGUCGCGCAUCCCCGAGGUCGAGGGCGAAGGCGCGGCCGGCACCGCCUCCAGGGAGCAGCCCUGGGAGAGCUGGAAGGCCUGGGCCGAGGAGCUGUGGCCCAAGUCGCAGAACUCGGGCGGCCCGGACUCCAUGCAGCAGGCCAUGGCGGUGGUCGGGAACCACCCCAACGCAAUGCCAUCCAGCUUCACGAACCAGGUCGUCGCCGACGAGCUGCUGAGAGCGAAGGCGAGAGACAACCGCGUCUCGAACCCGUCGGCCGGCGCGAGCGCGCCGCCCGUGGCCCAGCCGGCGCCUGAUGUGCCGACCAACCCGGGCAGCAUCGGCCACCCGGACCUCUGCCCUCGGCAGUGCCUGUAUUUCGCGAAGGGCAACUGCACCAACGGCAACGACUGUCAGUUCUGCCACAUGCCUCACCCGAAGCGGCCCGUGCGCUUCGACAAGAGGCACCGGGAGAUCCUGAAGAAGAUGCCCUUCGACGAGCUCCUGUCGGUGAUGAUGCCUGUCCUGAAGGUGAAGGCCGCGGGGGCGGGGCCGACCGCUGACACGGACAGCCUGCUGCAGAGGCUCGGCGAGCUGGCCGCCUACAGCUCGGGCGCGGCGGCGUCGAGCGGCUCCAGCCUCGCCGACCACGUGCAGGCGAAGGCGUCCGAGGAGGGGGCCAGCGCCCUGCGGAGAAAGGGAGGACCGCUCGCCCACGACGCAGGGCGGCAGCGCCUGCAGCAGCAUGCGGCACUGGAGCGCCAGGUCGGAAGUGGGCUCCGACGCCAACUCGGACGCAGACUCCAGGCGCGCCCUGCCGCCCCUCCCAGCGCGCGCACCGACGGGGCCGCCACCCAGCCGCCGGCGUCUCCACGGUCUCUGCCCAGCCUGGGUGCUGCCUAUAGUGUUGCAGCGAUUGCCACCGUGUUCGAUGAAGCCUCAAACGAGAGUUAA